AUGAUAAUAUUCCAAGUAUUCGAAGUUGUUUAUGAAGUUGGUCGUGCUGUACGACGCCAUUUCUAUCCUAUUGAGUACAAAGCUGUGAUAUUUGACUUGGAUCAAGUGGUGAUAAGGGUGGAUGAACAUGACGAGCUGGUCGACCUCAUGAAAUUAGGUCGGUUUAUAUUGUUAUUGGGAAAAACAUGAAAAAUAUGGUGUUUUUGGGGGAAAAACAAGGGGGUUUUGGGAAGGACAUAAGGAUUUUAGGGUAGGGUAUAUAUACAUGAGAGUAGGUUUGGGUGUAGUAAGAGGGCAGGGUAUUAUAGAAGGUAAAAGAGUAAGGCUAGGGCUCUUUUUUCAAAUUUAAAAUUUUGGGUGCGAAAUAAUUUUUAAAUUCUGCCAAAGCUUUUUGAAACUUGUAAUUUAUUCGAAAAGAAAGGUUUUUUACUUUACUCAACUGCCUUAAUGCCUUUGUUUCACGUCCGUCUGAAUUGUAAAUAAAGUUUCUUCCGGUUCUUAGCGAGAAUGUCUGAUAGUGCGAGAGAAUCGGAUUUUCUGACAUAUUUAACAUUAACCCUAGCUUUAGCGAUUAAAAAUGGUCAAUAUUUUUUGAAUUUCAAAUAUAAAAUACGAUUGGGCAAGGAGUACUUUUUAGAAUUUUUUUGGGUUUUAUAGAGGCAUGGUCUUUUUUAAUAAAUAGGGUAGAGUAACUUAACAUGAAAAUAGAUUUUUAGGGGCAGUGUAGGAGCGGAUAGUAAAGCUAAACAUAGACAUUUUUCAUGAGUAGGGCUGGGCUGGGUAUUUAAACCAAGGCAUUUUUUUCAUAGGCAGGAUAAGGCAGCUCAACAUAGACAUGGCCAUUUUCAAUGGAUAGGGUAGGAUAGCUAAACAUAAGCAUGCUCUUUUCAUAGAUAGGGUAGGAUAGUGUAGGAUAGGGUAGGGUAUGGUAGGGUAGGGUACGGUAGCGAAACCUAGGCACACAUUAAUUUUUACGGGCAGGGUAGCUAAAAAUAGUAGCAAUCCGUUUUCAUUUCUGAAAAAAGUGAAAAAAAAACUUUUUUUUAACAUGAGAAACCCCGUCUGUAACAACAUUUGGUGACGUCAGCUCAGAUUUCAGUUCAAAUAAACAAGAUUUUGGGGAUUUUCUAUUUUUAGUCGUGUUAAUUGAGCUUUUUCUUUGGACUCCCUUCCUUGCCUAUAUGGCUUUAGGCUCGUCAUGCUGUCAUAAUUUAGUUAUUUAUUUACCGAAAAGGGACAAGCGAUAAUGGACUUUAAAAGCAUUGUACUUUCUAAUUCAAAAAUUUUAAAUUUAAAAAAUUUUCAAAAAAAAAUCUUUAAAUUUUGUAUUAUAAAAACCAUUUUUAAGCCUAAAGUUUCUGAAAUGCUAUUUAGAAGCUAUAGCCUACCUAGAAGCUGUUGUUAGUCAUAAUUUGCGAUGCUAAGCCAAGAAGUCUUAUAAUUGUGGUAAAUUUCCGGCUGUGUGCAGAAUAGAAAACAAAACCUCGAGUAUUACUUUUAUUUUUAGCAAAUUGCAUCUUGUUUUCUUGGUACUGCGCUUGAGAAAACAAGGAUUUAAAAUUUGAUUGGGAAGAGUUAAAGGUUAGAAAUGGCAAUUUUUUAAAAAUUUUAGGUUAUAAGGAGGAUAGAGUAAAGCACAACAAGAAAGAGGAAGGCGUGGUAGGUAGAACAUGAUAGAGUAAGGAAUGGUAGAGCAGGAUAUGGUAGGGCUAGGCAUGGUAAGGCAGGGCAUGGUAGGGCAAGGUAUGGUGGGACAGGGCAUGGUAUUAAAAGGCAUGGUAGAGCAGGUGUAUACGAGUACGAGGGCUAGGGUUAGGGCUAGAGCUAAGGCUAAGGCUAAGGCUAAGGCUAAGGCUAAGACUAAGGCUAAGGCUAAGGCUAAGGUUAAGCCUAAAGCUAAGGCUAAAGCUAAAACUAAGGCUUGUCGCUUCUUGCUGUAAUCCUUCUCUCUAUCUUGCGGCCAAGAACAAUAGAGCUUGGCCAUUAACCUCUUAACCCUAAUACCUUCCUUAUUAACUACUGCCAUUUUCAGUGUCACGAGACCAAUAUUUGUCGCGGAUUCACGUGGAUUAUGAGUUGGGUCGGCUAUCAUUCGCUACCUUCUUUAAUUCCCUCAAGGCCUAUUUCCCGGGCAAAACCAAGAAUUUGACGGCCGAACAAGUGCGUCAAAAAACACUCGGCCGCCGGGUAAGGCAUUUGAUUAGUGACACAACGAGGAGUGACUAAUCUCGUUAGUAGUCUAAUUAGUAAACUUUUUUGGUUUUUCGAAAAGUUUGUGGAAAGAAAUGGCUAAAUUUAGAAAAAUAAGGUUUUUAAGCUUUAAUUUUGAAAAAAAAUUGAAUUUUUUUAUUUUUCAUAAGUAAAUUAAGAGGAAAUAAAAAAUUCAUUUUUGCUGUCAAUUUUGCUUUUAAAUGCAUAUUACACAUGUUUUCUUAAAGAUAUUACCUUUCGAAAUGACAAAGAAAAUUGAACCAAUCCUAAUUUGAUGCACUUUAGAAAAUUAACAAGGAAAGUACCCAACCUGUUCCACUCAGAAUCAGAUCAAAAUUUUUGUAUAAUUUCUUUGUACCACCAAUAGUACUUAUAAAAAAUUUUAGCUAGCGCUUUUGAGAUUUAAAUUUUAAAUAUUUGAGUUUCUCCACCAAUUUGGCAAGUUUGGCAUUGUGUUGCAAGCACUUUAUUCGACUUAUCCGACGAGCUACGCUCAUAAAUUUAAAAAUAUAGGUUUAUUUAAAGCUUUUCUACUAGUAUAUUAAAGAAAAAUGCUUUAAAGUCCCUUAUUUUUCAAUUUCAAGAAAAUUUGGCGAAUUUGGCAUUGUGUUUCAUGCACUGUUUUUCGACUUUUCAAACAAGCUUAGCUUAGAAAUUUAAAAAUAUAGGUUAAUUUAAAGGUUUUCUACUAGCAUAUUAAAGAAAAAUGCUUUGAAGUCAAAAAAUUGCAAAGCUAUAAGCUUGGAACACAAUUCUAGUUUGGCGGGAAAUUCAAAACGUAAUUUUUUGAUCUUGUUUUUCUCGGCAGUUUCUGGGAAGUGCGCUUUAGUAGUUUACUGAAGAUAUUAUGUUUACAUGAUUUUUCUAUAUAAAAAGUUUGAAGUCAAUCAGAGCCGGGCAGGUAGGACACUUUCUUUUAUACGUUUUUUAAAAAAAUUUGAAAAAAAAUUAAUUUUUUAACUUCUAGGACCCAAAAAUGUCGGUGUUAAUUGAAAAGCUUCGCGAAAACGGCUUCAAACUGGGUAUGUUGACCAACAUUGGCUUCCGCGAUGAAACAAAAGACAGGACGGACACACCGUCGGAAGCUUCCGACCAAUUCGACGUAAUUGUAGAGAGUUGCCGGGAAGGAAUUCGAAAACCCAACCAUAGGGUUUAUGAGGUAAAAUACGCCUUUUUUUGCUAAAACGAAAAAUUUUAAAAUUUUAAAAAAUGUAAGAAAAGGGCAAGUUCUAGCCCGAUGCUUUAUCCCAAUGCUUUAUCCUAAUGCUAUAUCUUAGAACCCUAGCCCAGAGCCCUAGCCCAAAACCCUAGCCCAGAGCCUGAGUCUAAAGCCUUAGCCCAGAGCCCUAGCUCAGAGCCCGAGCCCAGAGCCCAAAGCCCUAGCCUAGAGCGUUCGCUUAGAUUUCUAGGCCACGGCUUUAGCCUAAAGCUCUAGACAGCUCGAGCAAGCCCAGAGCCCUAGCCCAGAGCCCUAGUUCUAGCUUUAGCUCUAUUUCUAGGCCUUGCCUUAGCUCUAGCUUUAGCUGUACCUCUAGCUCAAACCAUAGUUGCAACUUUAGCUCUAGCCUUCUAUCUUUUACUUUAACCGUAUCCCUUACUUUAUUUUCAGCUCUAGCAUACAGUCGUAUGUUUAUCUCUAGCCUUAACCUUAGCUCUAGUUUUAGUCGUAGUCAUAGCUUUAACUCGAAACUAAUCUCUAGCCUUUACUGUUUAAAAUACAAUGCCCCUGUUAGUCACUUUUAAAGUAAUAUCUUAUCGUUUCAGAUAACAGCCUUUCGACUAGGAGUGUUCUCUCAUGAAUGUAUAUACAUCGAUGAUUUGAUGAGGAAUUGUCGUGGCGCAGAACUUGUAGGUAUGAAGUCGUUUCAUCUGAACAAUGGUAAUGUCAGUCGACUGGUCGAAGAGAUUCAGAGGUUUUUAGGUAUCUCUCUUUCAUAG